AUGUCUCUUAAGGGAAUCGUGGACAAUCUGCACAAAGGUGAGACAACCAUUACGAAGUAUAUGCAGCUCAUUAAAAUGUGCAAUGAUGAGCUUCUUCUCAUGAAUGCCGCUUACGAUAUUGACAAGCUCACUCUCAAAAUUCUUUGUGGUCUUAGUGACGAAUAUUCUUCUCUUGCUUUCACAGUCAAAGCUAGAGAAACCCUUGUUUUCUUCGAUAAACUUCAUGAGAAGCUUAUCACCUACGAAGCCCAGUUGAAACAAGACCAAGAUAAGAAAUUAUUGACUCCAACCUCUGCUUAUUUGGCCACCAAGAAUCCCAACACUUCCUCACAUCAUAAUUAUAAGGCCAAUUCUUAUCGUUGUAACUUUUCCUCCAAAACCGUCACCUUCCUGCUAGCCCUCACCAAACUCACCCACCUACCUCCCAAACCUUACCAGGGUUUUUGUCAGCUUUGUGCAUUUUACCACUCUGUUCACUUCUUCAAGAGUUCUAAGAAACCCCAGCCUAAACCAAAGGCAGCUUCAUUCAGCAGAGUGUUUGGGUCGGCAGAAAAGCCCCAAAUGUGGAAGAUGAAUCCCAUCGCAAACGCAAACAGGUGGAACCGCCUUCUCCAAACUGCAAAGCCAAGUCAAGGCCUGCCUUUGCUCAUUCGAUCUUUCUCCACUGAAGCAGAAGCACCUCAGGUCUCUUCUUCCGAUCCAUUUCUCCAACCCCCAUCCACAGGUUUGGUCUAUGGGAGAUUGUCUGGGAUUACAAAACACACAUUGAGGACUGAUAUUCUCAACUUGCUUGAAGGAUGUAAUUUGACUCUCCAGGACGUUAAAGUUGACUACAAUCGCAGCUAUUUUCCAGUUGGAAUGAUGGUGCAAUUCCCUUCUCGGUAUGCCUUUGAUCAUGCUAUUAAGGUGAUUAAUAAGAAGGGUCGCUUGUACAAAUUGGACAGGGCUGAUCGUUCCCAGUGGGAUCCUCUUAGAACCUACGAUGGUAAAACUGUACUACUACAAGGACUUCCUCGUAAUGCACUUCCAGAAGAUGUAGAACGCUUCUUGGCUGGUUGCGAAUUUAAUUCAUCUAACAUCCAAUUAACCACCAGGCAGGCAUUCCCAGACCCCAUUCGGAUGGCACUAGUACACUUUCCUUCACAGUCCCAGGCAAUGAAUGCUUUUAUUACGAAGAACAGAGGUUUCUGUCUCAAUAAUCAAAUCUUGGUUCGAGUUCUUCAUUAACAUUUUUUUAAAUCUCCCCCAGUUCCCUUCUUUGAGCAAUGCUUGGUUAUAUAAAAAGGGGUUGGGAAGGAAAGACUACUUAAAAGUCCCCUGAUUCUGUACCUCAACACAGCAUCUUUGGAACCCUUCUGUAAGAGGCAUUUAGGAAUCCAAUGUUUUAGUUUUAAAGCAUGUGACUUUUUUUUUUUUUUUUUUUUGGUUUAAUUUUUAAGCAUUGAGAGAUAAAGAUCUUUACUCUCGACCCUAUAAUGUUGAAAAACUGAUUGCUAAAUGCAAAUUGUUUUAAAAUGUAGAAGACCUACCUGUGGAAUUUGGUUG